CGGCGGCGGCAGCGGCAACCAGGCGGGCCCGGGGGACUCUCCCGGCCCCGGCCCCGGAGUAGGGCGCGAUGCAGCUGCGGCACGUGCGGACCCUGCUAGCCCCGCAGGACGGGACGGCUCGGGUGACCUGCAUGGCCUGGUCCGCCAGCAGCUCCCGGUUCGCCGUGUGCACCGCGGAGCGCGUGGUGCUGCUCUACGACGAGCAAGGCGAGCGGCGCGACAAGUUCUCCACCAAGCCGGCCGACGCCAAGGUGAGGGCCCGAGGCCGGACGGCGCCGGGGCUGCCGACCUUCCCACGCUCACACCGACUCUCUCCGCAGUACGGCAGGAAGAGCUACGUGGUCAAAGGCAUGGCCUUCUCCCCAGACUCCACCAAACUGGCCAUCGGGCAGACGGACAACAUUGUCUACGUGUACAGGAUCGGCGAGGAGUGGGGUGACAAGAAGGUGAUAUGCAACAAGUUCAUCCAAACGAGUGCCGUAACCUGCUUAUUGUGGCCAGCGGAGAAUGUCAUUGUCUUUGGUCUUGCUGAAGGAAAGGUUCGUUUAGCAAAUACAAAGAACAACAAGUCUUCCACCAUUUAUGGGACAGAUUCCUACGUGGUCUCGCUAACUUCCAAUGUGUCGGGGAAGGGAAUCCUAUCUGGCCAUGCAGAUGGAACCAUAGUGCGCUUCUUCUUUGAUGAUGAGGGCUCAGGUGAAUCACAGGGUAAGUUGAUGGUGCAUCCCUGUCCUCCUUAUGCCCUCGCCUGGGCUUCCAACAGCAUUGUGGCUGCAGGCUGUGACAAGAAGAUUGUUGCUUAUGGGAAGGAAGGCAAUGUGAUUCAAACCUUUGACUACAGCUGGGACUUGUCGGAGAAGGAAUUCACCACCGCAGCCACCAGUCCCGGUGGCCAGUCCAUUGUCAUCGGCAGCUAUGACAGGUUACGGGUUCUGAACUGGAGCCCACGCCCCAGUGCCUGGGAGGAAGGCAAGCCCAAAGAAAUAGCUCACCUGUACACUAUCACAGCUUUGGCGUGGAAGAGGGACGGCUCACGGAUCUGUGCGGGCACACUGUGUGGAGGAGUUGAACAGUUUGACUGCUGCCUUCGCAGAAGCAUUUACAAAAAUAAAUUUGAAAUUACAUAUGUGGGACCAAGCCAGGUCAUCGUGAAGAACCUCUCAACAGGAACUCGAGUUGUGCUGAAAUCCCAGUAUGGUUAUGAGAUUGAUGAGGUGAAGAUAUUAGGAAAGGACAGGUAUCUGGUGGCCCAUACCUCAGACACAUUGCUGCUGGGUGACAUCAGCUCCAACAAGCUCAGUGAGGUGGCCUGGCAAGGAUCCGGGGGGAAUGAGAAGUUCUUCUUUGACAAUGAGAACGUCUGCAUGAUCUUUAACGCCGGAGAGCUGACGCUGGUGGAAUAUGGAAGCAAUGACAUGCUGGGCUCUGUCCGCACAGAGUUUGUGAACCCUCAUCUUGUCAGUGUCCGUAUCAAUGAGAGACGGCAGAGAGGCGUGGAGGAGAACAAGAGACUGGCUUACCUGAUAGACAUCAAGACUAUAGCAACAGUGGACCUUGUCGGUGGCUACAGCACUGGCAUGAUCAGCCACGACAGCAAGAUCGAUUGGCUGGAGCUCAAUGAAACAGGCCACAAACUGCUCUUCAGGGACAAGAAGAUGAGGCUGCAGCUCUAUGACAUUGAAAGCAGCACCAAGACGACCAUUCUGAACUAUUGCUCCUACGUGCAGUGGGUUCCAGGCAGUGACGUGGUGGUGGCUCAGAACAGAAACAGCCUCUGCAUUUGGUACAACAUCGAUGCUCCAGAGCGAGUCACCAUGUUUCCUCUGAAGGGGGAUAUCGUAGACUUGGAACGGAAUGAUGGAAAGACUGAAGUGAUAGUAUCUGAAGGGGUGAACACUGUGUCCUACACCCUGGAUGAAGGCCUCAUAGAGUUUGGAACUGCUGUUGAUGAUGGGGAUUAUCACAGGGCUACUGCAUUUUUGGAGACACUGGAAAUGUCCACAGAGACUGAAGCCAUGUGGAAGACUCUCAGCAGACUGGCUUUGGAAGCGAGACAGCUGCAUAUUGCAGAGAGGUGCUUUGCAGCUCUGGGAAACAUGGCAAAGGCUCGAUUUCUGCAUGAAACCAAUGCCAUUGCUGACCAGGCAGCUCAAGAGCAUGGUGGGGAUGGCACAGACCAUUACCUGGUGCGGGCCCGCUUGGCCAUGCUGGACAAGAACUACAAGCUGGCCGAGAUGAUCUUCCUGGAACAAAAUGCCACAGAGGAGGCCAUGGACAUGUACCAGGAGCUGCACAUGUGGGAUGAAUGCAUUGUGGUGGCCAAGGCCAAGGGACACCCGAUGCUGGAGAAGUUGCGUCGGGGUUACUACCAGUGGCUGCUGGAUACCCAGCAGGAAGAGAAGGCUGGAGAGGUCCAAGAGGGACAGGGUGACUACCUGGCAGCCAUCAGCUUAUAUCUGCGGGCAGGGCUGCCAGCCAAAGCAGCACGGCUGGCCAUGAGUAGGGAUGAGCUGCUCACCAAUGAGGAUGUCAUUGACAGGAUCUCCACAGCAUUGAUCAGAGGGGAACUGUAUGAACAGGCUGGAGACCUGUUCGAGAAGGUCAGGAACCCACGGAAGGCUCUGGAAUGCUAUGGCAAGGGCAGUGCCUUCCUGAAAGCCGUGGAGCUGGCUCGCCUGGCAUUCCCCGCAGAAGUUGUGAAGCUGGAGGAGGCCUGGGGAGACCAUCUGGUGCAGCAGAAACAGCUGGAUGCUGCUAUUAACCAUUACAUCGAAGCCAGGUGCUCAGUUAAGGCCAUCGAGGCAGCCUUGGGAGCCCGGCAGUGGAAGAAGGCCAUCUACAUUUUGGACUUGCAGGACAAACAGACAGCAGCCAAAUAUUACCUCAAGAUUGCCCAGCACUAUGCAGCUUUACAGGAGUAUCAGGUUGCAGAGGAGCUGUACAUCAAAGGAGGCCAGACCAAGGAUGCCAUUGACAUGUACACACAGGCUGGGCUCUGGGAACAGGCUCACAAGCUGGCAAUCAAGUGUAUGAGCCAGGAGGAUGUGACUGUGCUGUACAUAACUCAGGCCCAGGAGAUGGAGAAGCAGGGCAAGUACAAAGAAGCAGAGAGGCUGUACAUCACUGUGAAUGAACCUGAUUUGGCCAUCACCAUGUACAAGAAGUGUAAGAUGUAUGAUGAGAUGGUUUGCCUAGUAGCCAAGUACCACAAGGACUUACUUGGAGAUACUCACCUGCACCUGGGCAAGGAGCUGGAAGCAGAGGGGCGCUUGCAGGAGGCUGAGUACCACUACCUGGAAGCCAAGGACUGGAAGGCCACAGUGAACAUGUACAGAGUGAAUGACAUGUGGGAAGAGGCAUACAGGGUGGCCAAGGCACAUGGGGGGGCAAACUCCCAUAAGCACGUGGCCUAUUUGUGGGCGAAGAGCCUGGGUGGAGAGGCAGCUGUGAAACUCCUCAGCAAAUUCGGGCUUCUGGAAAUGGCCAUUGACCAUGCAACGGACAGUGGGGUCUUUGAAUUUGCUUUUGAACUGGCCCGCCUCUCCAUGAAGCAGAAGAUGCCAGACAUCCACUUAAAGUAUGCCAUGUUCCUAGAAGAUGAGGGCAAAUUUGAGGAGGCUGAAGGAGAAUUUAUUAAAGCUGGGAAGCCCAAGGAGGCGGUGCUGAUGUUUGUGCACAACCAGGACUGGGACGCGGCGCAGCGAGUGGCUGAGGCCCAUGACCCUGACAGCGUGGCUGAUGUGCUUGUUGGACAGGCACAGUUUGCCUUUGAACAGAGGGAGUUCCAGAAGGCAGAGGCCUUCCUCCUGCGAGCACAGAGACCUGAGCUGGCCGUAAAGUACUACAAGGAGGCCGGCAUGUGGAGCGAGGCCCUGCGGAUCUGCAAGGAAUACAUGCCUAGUCGGCUGGGAGAGCUACAGGAGGAGUGUGGCAGGGAAGCUGGCAAGAAGGGCUCUGGCGGAACCGAAGGGCUGCUGGAGCAGGCCCGGGAGUGGGAGCAGGCUGGGGAAUACGCCAGGGCAGUGGACUGCUACCUGAAGGUGCGGGAUCCCAGCAACAGCGUCCUGGUGGAGAAGUGCUUGCUGAAGGCUGCUGAGUUGGCUGUGAAAUUCUUGGGUCAGUCACAGAGCGUGGAGGUGACACGGACUGUGGCUCCUCAGCUGGUGGCCAUGAAGAAAUACAGCGUGGCAGCUGAACUCUACCUAAACUUGGACCUCAUCCGAGAAGCUAUUGAUGCCUUCAUUGAAGGGGAGGAAUGGAGCAAAGCCAAGCAUGUGGCCAAGGAGUUGGACCCUAGGUCAGAGGAGUAUGUGGACCAGCGUUAUAAAGAGUAUUUAAAGAACCAAGGAAAGGUGGAUUCGCUGGUGGGAAUCGAUGUCAUGGCUGCUCUGGAUAUAUAUGCAAAGCAGGAGCAGUGGGAGAAGUGCCUGGAAGUCGCAGCUAAGCAGAACUAUAAAGUCCUGCACAAGUACGUCGCUCUGUACGCAACACACCUGAUCCGGGAGGGCAGCUGGGACAAGGCCCUGCGCCUGUACGUCCACCAUGGAGCCCCUGCCAACCCGCAGAAUUUCAACAUUUACAAGCGUCUCUUUGUGGAGAUGGUGAAUGCCUCUGGCAUGAACUGUGCCGAGGCGUACUCCAGCUGGGCGGACCUGCGGGAUGUGCUCCUCAGUCUGUGUGAAAACCUAGUGAAGUCCAGCGAGGCAAACACUCCGGCACACGAGGAGUUCGAGAGGAUGCUGCUGAUCUCCCACUACUGCGCCACCCGCUCCGCUGCGCAGGGCCUGAAGCAGCUGGACACCAUGGCUGCCCAGCUGUCCAUUUCCCUGCUGCGCCACACGGAUCUGCUCCCUGCAGACAAGGCUUUCUAUGAGGCUGGGGUAGCUGCCAAGGCAGUCAGCUGGGAGAACAUGGCAUUCAUCUUCCUGAACCGCUUCCUGGACCUCUCAGACGCCAUUGAAGAAGGGAACCUGGAUUCCCUGGACCACUCUGAUUUCCAGGGAACAGACAUUCCUUUUGAAGUGCCACUUCCAGCCCAACAGCAUGUGCCUGAGGAGCAGCGGGAGGAGGUCAAGGACUGGGUGCUCACCAUGUCCAUGGACCAGCGGCUGGAGCAGGUGCUGCCACAGGACGAGCGCAACACCUACGAAGCCUCACUGGUGGCAGCAGGGACCGGGGUGCGCUCCCUGCCCUGCCUGCUCACAGGAUACCCUGUACUAAGAAACAAGAUCGAGUUGAAGCCAGGCCGAGAAGUCAACAAGGACGCGUGGUACAAGUUCAUGAUGGCUGUCAAGACAUCCCACAGCCCUGCAGGCCAGGAUGUGAUCGAGUUUCUUCGACGGUGGUGUGGGGCACUCCCGAGCACCAGCUUCUCGUUCCAGUGAGCAGGACUACGGAAGCUUUCAGGGCAGUUCUUCAGCACCCUCCCCUUCCACCCCCAAUAAAUGUGUAUCUCAA